AUGGUUAUAACAGUAACCAUCCAUAAAUUCAAUAGACUUGUAUCUUCCUCAGCCGUGCUCCUAUCGCUCCACGCAGCGAACUCCUACAUACUCCUGACUGCAAAUGUGGAAGACAUGCACUCCUUAGCGAAGCAGAUCGCCGCCUCCCCAGUGGGCAACCAGCUCAACAAGAUCUUGAACCGAGCAUCCGCCAUCUUUAACCAGCAGUUCAGCAAAGGAUCGAAGCCUCAGAUGCGAAGUAACCCCAACUUGGAGAGUCAAGAGAGUGAUGGACAGGAACAGAAGGCGAUGGCAAAAGAUGAAGUUAAAGGGACCACGGAAGAUGAUGUUGAAGUUUGGAAGCCUAAUAACAAGGUAAUGACAGCAGAACUAAAUGGGCAGCCUUCAGACUCCUCGAGCGAGUUGUCAGCCGAAGCCAACGUUGUCCAGCAAGCAGUGAAGGUCGGGAGGCGCCACCAGCCAGGACCGGACCUCAUCGAGCUGGGCAGGAACGCCAGCUUCUACCUCAGCUCCAUCAAGAAGAUCUUUGAAAACGUAUAAAUGAGAAUAAAGGUCUUGAAAUUGA